AUGUUUCAGCUUUGGAAACUUAUUCUCUUGUGUGGCCUGCUCACUGGGACCUCAGCGUCUCUUCUUGAGGAUCUCGGCAAUGAUGUUGUGAGCAAGCUGAAACCUGUUCUCGAUAAAGGACUUGAGACCGUUGACACUAUCCUUCAGAAAUUGAAGGCUGACUUGGAGGCGCUCCGGGAAUCCACGUCUUGGCAGGAGGCCCAGCAGAAGAUCCAGGAAGCUGAGAACUUGUUGGACAAAGUCCUUUCUAAAAUUUUUCAAGUAGUGGAAAAGGUUAUGGGGUUGAAAAUCAGUAAUGUCCACAUCCUGGAUAUCAAAUCUGAAGUGACUCCUGAUGGCAAAGGCGCUAGCCUGAGUAUCCCCAUCACCACGAACGUCACCCUGACCCUGCCUCUGUUGGGUGAGCUUGUCGACCUGGGCCUCCAGACUAGCGUCAGCAUUGAAACUGAUGCCAAGACUGGUGUCUCCACAGUGAUCGUGGAAAAAUGCACCAACGACCCAGCCAACAUCUCACUCACCUUCCCGGACAGCCCCAUUGGACUGGUCAAUGAAGCUGUGAACACUGUGGUCAAACUCAUGAGAAAGACAGUGUCCCUUGUGGUGCAGUAAGAGGGUUCCACCUGCUGCCCUCACCAUGUGAGCAAGCCCCAGUGGCAGCUGCCAGAGCCCAUCACGACACCUCCCCACAGCAUGCUGGGGGCUAACUUCGGUCCAUCCAUCCAGGUGGCCACCCUUGCAGCCAUCCACGUGGGUACCAUCUGA